AGCCACUCACACUCGUCCUUGACUUUGGAUGAUGCCAACACUUCCAGUUUCCCCUCAACAAGGGAACUCUGGGUUACCUACAACUUACUCGUCUCGUACGGCUUCCUCGUUUCAGUGCUCAUGUAACUUGAUUCGUCCACCCAGUCAAUAUGGCCUGAUGACGGUUCAACAUUGUAAUGUCACCCCAGCAUACUCACUUGAUCCAACAUGCUGGGUGGCGUUGGGAGAGAAGCAAGUCAUCUGCAUGCUUUGCCUGUUGAUCCCCGCAAAGGAACAAACACGAGCAUUGCAGGAUUUCUCUCUGUGUCUUUUCUUGGUAACCUUUUUCAUUCUUGCUGCCCGAGAGGCGCUUCCAAUCGGGUGUGAAAUCAAUUACCCCGCGGUUAUCGAAGGGUCUUGCAAUGUGAUGGCAAAAAGCCACCACAUUUCUUGGUGUAGACAAAAGGUCCAAAUACCCUCUAGUGUCUCUGAAGGUGAGGUAAUUAUGCAGUUCAGUUGAUCAUGUUUACCUAAUGGCAUUCCAUGGCACACUCGGCGCAUCUACUACAAAGUAUGGAAUCGUAUGUUUGACUCGAGAGAGGGGCCCUUUGUCAGAUAAGAUCAGUGCGCAGGAUGCAAGUCUUGGUAGCUCAGGUCUGAUGUGGGGACAUAACCAGGAAGCAUACCCAGCUAUUACCCCUACCUGGUACUCGGAUCUCGCUGCUCCAAGGCUAACUGGACGAUAAGAGUCUGGAUGGUCAUGAUGAAGUCGGUCUGGCUAGAAGUGGUCAACCAAUCACUACUACUAGUAGAAGAGGCCCCAAUCUGAACUUCUCUCGGAUAUUCUGAGACAGCCGUUUUCAAUGCUGUUACUAACUUCGGAGUCUUUAUCUUUUUUCUUUUUUUUUGUGUGUGGUAAGGGUGAUGCGAUGAAAUCAGACCGCCAGCUGACAAGGUUCAUUCUGUAUACUGAAGGAAGGGGGGAGGAGCUUUGCUGAAAGCUUCAAUAGUACAAUGAUGUGGCAAUCUAUGUUCUUCUC